AUGCCUGCGGGCGCGGGGAGGCGUGGCCUCCCCCAGGGCCUGGGCCUCUGCUGGCUGCUCUGCGCCUUCCCCUUAAAGCUCUGCCAAGCAGAGUCUCCGGUGCGGGAAGAGAAGCUGUCAGUGAGCACUUCAAACUUGCCCUGCUGGCUGGCCGAAGAGUUUGUGGUGGCUGAAGAGUGUGCCCCGUGUUCUAAUUUCCAGGCUAAAACCAUCUCUGAGUGCAGUUCCACAGGGUAUGUGGAGAAAAUCACAUGCAGUUCAUCUAAAAGGAAUGAGUUUAAAAGCUGCCGCUCAGCAGUGAUGGAACAACACUUAUUCUGGAAAUUUGAAGGGGCAGUCGUGGUUGUGGCCUUGGUCUUCGCUUGCCUUGUCAUCAUUCGCCAGCGACUAUUGGACAGAAAGGCUCUGGAAAAGGUCCGGAAGCAAAUUGAAUCCAUAUAG